AUGGCAAUUAAGAGAAUCAUUUCAGCGACUUAUUUCCUCCUUUUUCUCCACCUUCUCCUCCCCUUCGCCUCAUGCAUCAGCCCGAAGCAGGUUUAUUUAGUUGAGUUGUGUGGAGAUCACACUAGUGGUGAUAAAACACUGCAUGAAGUUGGGAAUAUCCAUCACUCUUAUCUGCUUUCCGUGAAAGAAACUGAGGAGGAAGCACGAGCUUCUCUUCUUUAUAGUUACAAACAUAGUAUCAAUGGCUUUGCAGCAUUGCUUACCCCAAAUGAAGCCAACCAGCUCUCGGAAAUGGAGGGAGUGAUUUUUGUGCAUAAGAACCAACCAAGGAUCUACUCUUUGCACACCACUAGAUCAUGGAAAUUCGUGGGAUUAGAUGGUCCUUUAAAUCCAUGGGAAGAAGACUCCAAUACAGAUGGAGAGUUACUAACCAGAGCACAAUAUGGGAAAGAUAUCAUAGUAGGAAUGAUUGAUAGUGGUGUGUGGCCAGACUCAAAGAGCUUCAGUGAUGAAGGGAUGGAGCCUGUUCCAACAAAAUGGAAAGGAGAAUGCCAAAAUGGAACUGCUUUCGAUUCGUCUCGAUGCAAUAGAAAGAUCAUAGGAGCACGUUACUACUUGCACGGUUACGAAAGUGUAUUUGGCCCUCUAAACGAAAAGGAGGACUACAAAUCAGCACGUGACAAAGAUGGCCAUGGAACGCACACAGCUUCAAUAGUUGCAGGGCGUGCAGUGGGCAAUGUCUCAGCCAUUGGAGGCUUUGCCAAGGGCACAGCCCUAGGUGGGGCCCCUCUGGCCCGCCUUGCUAUAUACAAAGCAUGUUGGCCAAUCAAGGGACAUUCAAAAGACGAAGGGAACAUAUGCACAAACAUUGACAUGCUCAAAGCCAUAGAUGAUGCCAUUGCUGAUGGCGUUGAUGUUCUAAGCAUUUCCAUUGGGUUCAGUGCACCAAUCUCUUAUGAGGAGGAUGUGAUUGCUAGGGGUGCAUUCCAUGCUGUGAGGAACAACAUUGUUGUGGUGUGCAGUGCUGGUAACUCUGGCCCUUCUCCUCAAUCUUUGUCAAACCCUGCACCAUGGAUCAUCACUGUUGGUGCUAGCACUGUGGAUCGGUCCUUUCGUGCUCCUAUUAAGCUCAGCAAUGGCACAGUCAUUCAGGGUCGAUCAAUUACUCCACUCCACAUAGGAAACAACUUCUACCCAUUGGUUCUUGCUAGAGAUGUUGAACAUCCAGGCUUGCCUAGUAAUAAUUCAGGGUAUUGCUUGGACAAUACCCUUGAACCCAACAAGGUAAGGGGGAAGAUAGUUGUCUGCCUUAGAGGGCAAGGUAAAAGGUUGAAGAAAGGCUUAGAAGUUCUAAGGGCUGGUGGGGUUGGUCUUAUCCUUGGGAACAAUAAACUAGAUUGGAACGAUGUACCCUCUGAUCCUCAUUUUAUUCCAGCCACUGGAGUGUCCUAUGAUAAUGCCUUAAAACUCAUUGACUAUGUCCAUUCUACCCCAAAUCCAAUGGCACAAAUUCUACCAGGAAAAACAGUGUUAAAAACCAAACCAGCACCCUCCAUGGCCUCCUUCUCUAGCAGGGGUCCAAAUAUAAUUGACCCCAAUAUUCUCAAGCCUGACAUUACAGCCCCAGGAGUAGACAUAUUAGCAGCAUGGACCGCUGAAGAUGGCCCCACACGAAUGACAUUUUACGACCAACGAGUUGUUAACUACAACAUCUUUUCUGGAACUUCAAUGUCAUGCCCUCAUGUUGCUGCUGCAGCGGUUCUUCUCAAAGCCAUACACCCUACUUGGACCACUGCUGCUAUAAGAUCUGCCCUCAUGACUACAGCCAUGCCAACAGACAACACUGGUCAUCCAUUGACUGAUGAAACUGGAAAUCCGGCAACACCUUUCGCAAUGGGGUCUGGCCACUUCAACCCCACAAAAGCAGCAAAUCCUGGUCUAGUUUAUGAUGCCUCCUACAUGGACUACCUUCUUUACACUUGUAGACUUGGAGUAACAAAACACUUUAACACUACAUAUUACUGUCCAAAGUCAUUUCCUGAACCCUUUGAACUCAAUUAUCCAUCCAUACAAAUCCAUGGACUCAAUUACUCUAGGACUGUUAAGAGGACAGUCACCAAUGUUGGUAGGAGCGGGAGUAUUUACAAGUUUAGUGCCGUAUCACCAAAGGAAUUCUCCAUCACAGCCACUCCAAAUAUUCUUAAGUUUAAUCAUGUUGGGCAAAAAAUAAACUUCAUCAUCACAGUGACAGCAAACUUGGGUCAGACACAAAGCAACCAUGGCCCGGAUAAGUACUACUUUGGAUGGUAUGCAUGGAGUCACCAACAUCUCCAUGCCAAAGGCCAAAUAGUUGGAGAAUCUUGGAGAGACAGGAAACAGAUAGGACACAGAUUACUAGAGUGGUGCCAGUAG